CGCGUACAACAUACACAUCAUAACACAUCUUGUCUCUACAAACAACAUACAUAACACCAUAUAUUCGAGAAUUCGUAUCCCUUUAAGUCAUACUCAAGUACAGAGUUUGCAAGUUUUUUACCACUCCAAAUCCAGCCUAUAAGAAACGUAUAGUGGAAUACAAGUAGACCAUGUUACGAACCUUUGCCGUCGUUCUGAGCGCAGUGGCCUUCUGCACAGCAGCCAGUACGACAGAUGUCAGUGAAGCGCAUGCUAUCCAAGAAGCCAUGCUUUUGAUCAAUUCGGGAAGCAAUUCCAUGAAUCAGAUGGUGCUCGUGGGUGUUGAAGAGGAGAAAGUGGAGACCCAGACCGAUGGCACGGAGAUAUACAAACUCAAGUUGAAAGCCGGCCUUUCGUCAUGCCGCAAAACAAAUGACAUGAAGCCUACAUCUGAAUGUACUCUGAUGGCUGACAGUACACCUCAGAUAUACGAAGCCACAAUUAAGCACCACCCACUCGCCAACGGCAACACAGAGUUGUGGGAGCCGGUAGACUUCAAUGUACUGGGCACUGAGGAAGUAAAGAACAUGCCAGGUGGCAUCACCCCAGCAGACACUAACGACGAAAGUGUGACAGGAGCGCUACACUUUGCCGUGACGCAGCACAACACAAACACCAACAGAGAGCAGCUGAGCGAGAAAGAUCUGGAGAUAACUCGUGUGGACAAGCAAGUUGUUGCGGGUGUUAAGUACAUCAUCACGGUACGAGACAAUCAUAGCGGACGUGUGUAUGAUAUACAAGUGGAGGAGCAAGCCUGGGUGGCUGACAGCCCCUACUCACUGGUAAGCUUCGAGGCGAAAGUGAGCGGUAGCCCUCCUAAAUCCGGGGCAAAUCAAGCCCAAAAGGGAUAUGGAAGUGAUGGCAAGGGCCUGGAAAUGGACUCAAAUGCUGCGACUGAGACAGAAGAAAAGAAGAAUGGUGGAUCUUCGUUUUGGAACAGUAUGGGCAUCUUCUUCGGAGUUGUUCUGGCCGGUGGUCUGCUUGUGAGUUUCGCGGCUACCCGUUUUAAGGAGCGAUUGCGACAACAAGAGAUGAGCAGACGCCGCUACGAUUUGCUGAACAAUGAAGACGAUGACGAGUUCAGUGAAUCAUAUGAGAGCGAUGACGACAUGUAAGCCAAUCAUAGUAGAGCUCUGUAGAUAUGUACGUGAAUUGAUUGGCUGGAAAGUUACGCAUACUGUUAAAAGAAAGCGUGGAGAAGAGUGAGAUUGCAUUGGCUGUAGAUUGUAGGGUUUGACGAGCUCGGUAAAUCGAAUGAGCACGAUGAAGCCAUGCCAGCAUUAUGAUUGGCUGGCGUACUAUGGCGGCGGAAAGACUAUCCAAUGGUACUGUACUAAUGUAUGACUCAUGCACGAUGGGCGAUAUCCAAGCAAUACGAAGGACGAGUUGGGCUGAUGGAUGUAUUUCGUGGUGUGAUGAUAUGGCAAUGGUACAGCUGAGAGGUGGCGUGAAAACGAAUUGCGGGUGAACUAUAGGGACAACGGGAAAGCCUAUUUAACAACAGCGCAAGAACAGCACGACGUCGAGAACAACGAUAUUAU